CUUCUAUGGUGAAAACGUUGUGAUUUCGACACCGGCUUUGUCUUUUCUGCUGAUAGUGUACCAAGUUUUGUCAGAAAGAUCCCAAAACUGCCCAGGAAGCAUGUUUGCAGUGGAGGUAGCACCACGUAAUUGUGAUUGAGUGGUGGUCUCCAGUGAGAAGCAAUGGCGGGACUACCGCCGUACAUGCUGGGCCAGCCAUAUGUGAUGGGCGUGCUGGCCCAGCAGCAGGCCAUGGCAGCUCAGCUGGCUGCCCAAGUUCAUGCACAGAUGCAGCAACAGCAACAGCAGCACCUGCAACAGCAGCAGCUUCAGCAGCAGCGCCAGCAAGAGGCCAUCUCGGAGGAGAAGCUUCAGGAAAAAGCACGCAAGUGGCAGCAGUUGCAGUCCAAGCGGUAUGCUGAAAAGCGCAAGUUUGGCUUUGUGGAUGCACAGAAGGAAGACAUGCCACCGGAGCACAUCCGCAAGAUCAUUCGUGACCACGGUGACAUGAGCAGUCGCAAGUAUCGGCAUGACAAGCGUGUUUACCUGGGAGCGCUGAAGUACAUGCCGCAUGCUGUGCUCAAGCUGAUGGAGAACAUGCCGAUGCCCUGGGAGCAGAUCCGAGAUGUCAAGGUUCUCUACCACAUCACUGGGGCCAUUACUUUUGUGAACGAGAUUCCUUGGGUCAUCGAAUCGGUCUACAUUGCUCAGUGGGGAACUAUGUGGAUCAUGAUGCGUCGAGAGAAGCGGGAUCGGCGACACUUCAAGAGAAUGCGCUUUCCCCCUUUUGAUGACGAGGAACCUCCACUGGACUAUGCCGACAAUGUACUGGAUGUGGAACCUCUUGAGGCCAUCCAGAUGGACUUGGACAAUGAUGAAGACUCGCCUGUCUGCAAAUGGUUCUACGAUCACAAGCCACUAGCAGAAACCAAGCACAUGAACGGUGUGACGUACAGGCAUUGGAACCUGACUCUGCCCCAGAUGGCGACCCUAUACCGCUUGGCCAACCAGCUGCUCACUGAUCUGGUGGAUGACAACUACUUCUACUUGUUUGACCUCAAAUCCUUCUUCACUGCCAAAGCUCUGAACAUGUCCAUUCCGGGAGGUCCAAAGUUUGAACCCCUUAUCAAGGACAUGAACCCAGCGGAUGAAGACUGGAAUGAGUUCAACGACAUCAACAAGAUCAUCAUACGCCAGCCCAUUCGUACUGAGUACAGGAUUGCUUUUCCAUACUUGUACAACAACAUGCCACACUAUGUACAUCUUUCAUGGUAUCACACUCCUAAUGUAGUGUACAUCAAGACUGAAGAUCCUGACCUGCCAGCAUUCUACUUUGACCCUUUGAUAAACCCUAUUGCACAUCGUCAAGGCACCAAGCAAACUGUGGACCCCUUGCCUGAUGACGAGGAAGAGUUCGAGCUGCCAGAGCAUGUGCAGCCUUUCCUUCAGGAUUGCCCCUUGUACACUGACAACACAGCCAAUGGUAUUGCAUUGCUGUGGGCCCCGCGCCCAUUCAACUUGCGCUCAGACCGCACUCGCCGUGCCAUUGACAUUCCUUUGGUGAAGUCCUGGUACCGUGAGCACUGUCCUCCAGGCAUGCCUGUGAAGGUCAGGGUCUCGUACCAGAAGUUGCUCAAGUACUUUGUGCUCAAUGCACUCAAGCACCGGCCCCCCAAGCCACAGAAGAAGAGGUACCUCUUCAGGUCGUUCAAAUCGACCAAGUUCUUCCAGACUACUACAAUUGACUGGGUGGAAGCUGGACUGCAGGUGUGUCGCCAGGGCUACAACAUGCUCAACCUACUGAUUCACCGUAAGAACCUCAACUAUCUCCACCUUGACUACAACUUCAACCUCAAGCCUGUCAAGACACUCACCACCAAGGAGCGCAAGAAGAGUCGCUUUGGCAAUGCAUUCCACUUGUGUCGUGAAAUCCUUCGGCUGACCAAGUUGGUGGUGGACAGCCAUGUGCAGUACCGGCUGAACAAUGUGGAUGCCUUCCAACUGUCCGAUGGCCUGCAGUAUGUGUUCGCCCACGUAGGCCAGCUGACGGGCAUGUACCGCUACAAGUACAAGCUCAUGCGACAGAUCCGCAUGUGCAAGGACCUCAAGCAUCUGGUCUACUAUCGCUUUAACACGGGCCCUGUCGGCAAAGGACCGGGCUGCGGAUUCUGGGCACCUGGUUGGCGUGUGUGGCUGUUCUUCAUGCGAGGCAUCACCCCUCUGCUCGAGCGCUGGCUGGGUAACCUGCUGUCUCGCCAGUUUGAGGGGCGUCACUCUAAAGGAGUGGCCAAGACUGUCACCAAGCAGCGUGUGGAAAGCCACUUUGAUCUGGAGCUCAGGGCAUCGGUGAUGCAUGACAUUCUGGACAUGAUGCCGGAGGGCAUCAAGCAGAACAAAGCCCGUACAAUUCUGCAGCAUCUCUCCGAGGCCUGGCGCUGUUGGAAGGCUAACAUCCCUUGGAAGGUGCCCGGUUUGCCGAUUCCCAUUGAAAACAUGAUUUUGCGCUACGUAAAGAUGAAGGCUGACUGGUGGACCAACACAGCCCACUAUAACCGGGAGCGCAUACGUCGAGGAGCCACUGUGGACAAGACAGUCUGCAAGAAGAACUUGGGCCGGCUCACACGACUCUACCUGAAGGCCGAGCAAGAAAGGCAGCACAACUACUUGAAGGAUGGGCCUUACAUCAGUGCCGAGGAGGCUGUGGCCAUAUACACGACGACAGUGCACUGGCUGGAGAGCCGUCGCUUCUCGCCCAUCCCGUUCCCGCCCCUGUCAUACAAGCAUGACACCAAGCUGCUCAUUUUGGCCCUAGAGAGGCUCAAGGAAGCCUACAGUGUGAAGAGCCGGCUGAAUCAGUCGCAGCGAGAGGAGUUGGGGCUCAUUGAGCAGGCUUACGACAACCCCCACGAAGCACUAUCACGCAUUAAGCGUCACCUGCUCACACAACGAGCUUUCAAGGAGGUGGGCAUAGAGUUUAUGGACCUGUACAGCCACCUGAUUCCCGUGUAUGAUGUGGAACCCCUGGAGAAGAUCACAGAUGCCUACCUGGACCAGUAUCUGUGGUACGAGGCAGACAAGCGGCGUCUCUUUCCUCCCUGGAUCAAGCCUGCCGAUUCAGAGCCUCCACCUCUGCUCGUGUACAAGUGGUGUCAGGGCAUCAACAACCUGCAGGACGUGUGGGACACUGCCGAGGGCGAGUGCAACGUCAUGCUCGAGUCUCGAUUUGAGAAAAUGUAUGAGAAGAUGGACCUGACACUUCUCAAUCGGCUUCUGCGCCUCAUCGUGGACCACAACAUUGCUGACUACAUGACAGCCAAGAACAACGUCAUCAUCAACUACAAGGACAUGAAUCACACGAACUCGUAUGGCAUCAUACGGGGCCUGCAGUUCUCCUCCUUCAUCGUCCAGUACUACGGCCUGGUGCUGGACCUGCUCGUGCUGGGGCUUCAGCGAGCGUCCGAGAUGGCGGGACCCCCGCAAGUGCCCAAUGACUUCCUCUCAUUCCAGGACGUUGCUACAGAGGCGGCACAUCCUGUGCGCCUCUACUCGCGCUACAUUGACCGCAUACACGUAUUCUUCAGGUUUACUGCUGAGGAAGCUAGAGACCUGAUUCAGCGCUACCUGACAGAGCACCCUGACCCAAACAAUGAGAACAUUGUUGGGUACAACAACAAGAAGUGCUGGCCCAGAGAUGCCCGUAUGCGCCUCAUGAAGCAUGAUGUUAACUUGGGUCGUGCAGUGUUUUGGGACAUCAAAAACCGACUGCCGCGGUCAGUGACGACAGUCCAGUGGGAGAGCAGCUUUGUGUCCGUCUAUAGCAAGGACAAUCCCAACUUGCUGUUCAACAUGGGUGGCUUUGAGUGCCGUAUCUUGCCCAAGUGCCGUAUGACCCAUGAGGAGUUCAGCCACAAGGAUGGUGUGUGGAACCUGCAGAAUGAAGUGACCAAGGAAAGAACAGCACAGUGCUUCUUGCGAGUCGAUGAUGAGUCAAUGCAGCGUUUCCACAAUAGAGUCCGACAAAUCCUUAUGGCAUCUGGAUCUACCACUUUCACUAAGAUCGUGAACAAGUGGAACACGGCAUUGAUUGGUCUGAUGACAUACUACCGGGAGGCUGUUGUCAAUACGCAAGAGCUGCUUGACCUGUUGGUGAAGUGUGAGAACAAGAUUCAGACCCGUAUCAAGAUUGGCCUCAACUCUAAGAUGCCCAGCCGCUUCCCACCCGUGGUGUUUUACACCCCCAAGGAGCUGGGUGGCUUAGGCAUGUUGUCUAUGGGCCAUGUGCUCAUCCCACAGUCAGACCUCAGGUGGUCAAAGCAGACGGAUGUGGGCAUCACGCACUUUCGUUCAGGCAUGAGCCAUGAUGAAGACCAAGUGAUUCCAAAUUUGUACCGAUACAUUCAGCCCUGGGAGAGUGAAUUCAUCGAUUCUCAGCGUGUUUGGGCUGAGUAUGCACUGAAACGGCAGGAGGCACUGGCACAGAACAGACGCCUGACGUUAGAGGACUUGGAGGACAGUUGGGACCGUGGCAUUCCACGAAUCAACACGCUUUUCCAGAAAGACCGACAUACACUUGCCUAUGACAAGGGCUGGCGUGUGCGCACGGAUUUCAAGCAAUACCAGGUGCUGAAGCAAAACCCAUUUUGGUGGACGCACCAGAGGCACGAUGGCAAGCUGUGGAACUUGAACAACUACCGAACAGACAUGAUCCAAGCACUGGGCGGUGUGGAAGGCAUCCUGGAGCACACCCUGUUCAAGGGAACAUACUUCCCCACCUGGGAAGGUCUCUUCUGGGAAAAGGCCAGUGGUUUCGAAGAGUCCAUGAAGUACAAGAAGCUUACCAAUGCACAGCGGUCUGGUUUGAACCAGAUUCCCAACAGGCGCUUCACGCUCUGGUGGUCACCCACCAUUAAUCGUGCCAACGUGUACGUAGGCUUCCAGGUGCAGUUGGACCUGACUGGCAUCUUCAUGCAUGGCAAAAUCCCCACGCUCAAGAUCUCGCUCAUCCAGAUAUUCCGAGCUCACCUGUGGCAGAAAAUCCAUGAGAGCAUUGUCAUGGACUUGUGCCAGGUCUUUGACCAAGAGCUAGAUGCCUUGGAAAUUGAGACCGUACAGAAAGAAACAAUCCACCCACGGAAAUCUUACAAGAUGAACAGCUCUUGUGCGGACGUGCUGCUUUUUGCCACUUACAAGUGGAAUGUCUCGCGGCCUUCCCUUUUAGCUGACUCAAAGGACACCAUGGAUGGGACAACAACACAGAAGUAUUGGAUUGAUGUGCAGCUGCGCUGGGGUGACUAUGACUCGCAUGAUGUGGAACGCUAUGCCCGAGCCAAGUUUCUGGACUACACAACUGACAACAUGAGCAUAUACCCUUCGCCCACUGGUGUGCUGAUUGCUAUUGACCUUGCCUACAACUUGCACAGCGCAUAUGGCAAUUGGUUCCCGGGCUGCAAGCCACUCAUCCAGCAGGCCAUGGCCAAGAUCAUGAAGGCCAACCCAGCAUUGUAUGUGCUGCGUGAGCGCAUUCGAAAGGGCCUCCAGCUGUACUCCUCUGAGCCGACUGAGCCUUAUCUCAGCUCUCAGAACUAUGGUGAACUCUUCUCGAACCAGAUAAUCUGGUUUGUGGACGACACCAACGUCUACCGUGUCACCAUCCACAAGACCUUUGAGGGCAACCUCACAACCAAGCCCAUCAAUGGUGCUAUCUUCAUCUUCAACCCACGAACUGGACAACUGUUCUUAAAGAUCAUUCAUACUUCAGUUUGGGCUGGCCAGAAACGCUUGGGACAGCUGGCCAAAUGGAAGACUGCGGAAGAAGUGGCUGCCCUGAUUCGGUCACUGCCAGUAGAAGAGCAGCCCAAGCAGAUCAUUGUCACUCGCAAAGGCAUGCUAGACCCUCUGGAAGUGCACCUGUUGGACUUCCCCAACAUUGUCAUCAAAGGCAGUGAACUGCAGCUUCCUUUCCAGGCAUGCCUCAAAGUUGAGAAGUUUGGCGACCUGAUCUUGAAGGCCACCGAGCCACAGAUGGUGCUUUUUAACCUCUAUGACGAUUGGCUCAAGACUAUCUCCUCUUACACAGCAUUCUCACGUCUCAUCCUCAUCCUGCGAGCCCUCCACGUCAACAAUGAGCGCACCAAGGUGAUCCUCAAGCCGGACAAAACCACCAUAACCGAGCCACACCACAUCUGGCCCACUCUGACCGACGACGAGUGGAUCAAAGUGGAAGUACAGCUGAAGGACCUCAUUCUGGCCGACUAUGGCAAGAAAAACAAUGUAAACGUGGCCUCAUUGACACAAUCCGAGAUUCGAGACAUUAUCCUUGGCAUGGAGAUCUCAGCACCAUCAGCUCAACGCCAACAGAUUGCCGAGAUUGAGAAGCAGACCAAAGAGCAAUCUCAGCUGACAGCCACCACUACCCGUACUGUCAACAAGCACGGUGAUGAGAUAAUCACCUCUACAACCAGCAACUAUGAAACGCAGUCUUUUGCCUCCAAGACUGAAUGGCGUGUACGAGCCAUCUCAGCAACGAACCUUCACCUGCGUACAAACCACAUUUAUGUUUCCUCUGAUGACAUCAAAGAGGCUGGUUACACCUACAUCCUCCCGAAGAACAUUCUUAAGAAGUUCAUAAUCAUAUCAGAUUUAAGGACACAGAUUGCCGGCUACUUGUACGGGGCCAGCCCUGUGGACAACCCACAAGUGAAGGAGAUUCGCUGCAUUGUGGUAGUGCCCCAGUGCGGUAGCCACCAAGGAGUGCAGCUGCCACAGGCACUGCCCCAGCAUGAGCAUUUGCGUGAUCUGGAGCCUUUGGGCUGGCUUCACACUCAGCCCAAUGAACUGCCCCAGCUCUCGCCUCAGGAUGUGACGACUCAUGCACGCAUAAUGGCCGACAACCCCUCAUGGGACGGUGAGAAGACCGUUAUCAUCACUUGCAGCUUCACGCCUGGCUCCUGCUCUCUGACUGCAUACAAACUGACACCAAGUGGCUACGAGUGGGGCCGUCAGAACACAGACCGAGGCAACAACCCAAAGGGCUACUUGCCAUCUCACUAUGAACGGGUCCAAAUGCUGCUCUCGGACCGCUUUCUUGGCUUUUUCAUGGUGCCUGCCCAGGGAUCCUGGAACUACAACUUCAUGGGUGUGCGGCAUGAUCCAAGCAUGAAGUAUGAACUACAACUCGCCAACCCUAAGGAGUUCUACCAUGAAAUUCACAGACCUUCACACUUCCUCAACUUCAGCAGCCUGGAGGAGCCAGACUCUAUUGGCAAUGACAGAGAGGACCUUUACGCUUGAUUUUUUUCAUAGUGUAUGACCAUCAUCACCAUUGUGUAAACAUUAAAGCCUUUUUAAUUAUUGUUUGCAA